AUGAAUCGCUCAAGAUCAGGCUCUGCCGCCUCCAACACAUCCAGCAAGGAGCUUCCUGCCGACAACAUGGCUAUCCAGGUGCAGAUCAGUGGUGGCAAGACGAUCAAACUGAACGUCCGACCUGUUCACACCGUCUCGAACGUCCUCGAGUUCCUAUCCGCAUCAACGAGCUUACCAGCCGACGUCCAACUCAUGCUCGACGGCAAGCCUUUAGAGCCAUCCACCACUGUCGGCGAGCUCAAGCUUGAAGAAUCAUCGACCUUGAAACUGUCGUCGCCGUCGCGAAGUCCCACAGCAACAGAUCCUUCACAACCACAAUCAGACAUGACGGCAAUCCAACCCCCGACGUCCUCCUCCUCCACACCUGUUCCCUCGUCUGGCGCUUCGACCCCCAAGAAGAAGUCGAACAAGCCUCGCUGUUCCAAGGACGGGUGCAAAACAGCGGCCCAGCCCAUUGUCGGAGAUUGCGGGUUCUGUCAGAAACGCUUCUGCGGGAAGCACCGCAUGUUGGAGUCCCAUAACUGCGAAGGCCUGGCGGACGCUCGAAAGGCGGACAAAGACAGGAAUACCGCCAAAUUGGAGGGAGAGCGAACUGUCAUGCUCCGCGGCCUAUAG